CAAAAGCCAAAAAAAUUUCCACGAAUAACAACUUUAACCUCAAACCCAUUUCUUUCCUUUUUAAUCCUCCUUAAUAAAUUUAUCUUUUUUUCUUCGACAAUUGAAAAGAAGAACAAUUUAAAAACUGUAAAAAUAAAAAAAGGAAUUAAUUUUAGAGAGAUGGAAGGAAGUAGAGCUAGUGGAGAGAGAAAUACUGUUCGUUGGUUUGUUCUUAGCAACUCCUUUAAUCAAUUCCAUUUCCCACACAAACAACAAUCACAAUCCCAAUCCUUUUUUUUAAUUUUAUUAUUACACCAACUCUUUGUUAUUCUUCGUAUUAAUAUUCAGUUUUAUUAUUAUUAUUUUCUAAUAAUAUUAAUGUUGAAGAAAGAAUGCUACAAAUUUUGUUGCUUUAAUUCUUCUAAAUCAUUAUUAUUAUUUAUUAUCGUAAUUCCCCAAAAAAUCUUACCCAAUUCAACAAGCAAAGCAAUCUCAUCUCAUAUUGUUCGUCAAUUGUCACUAAUUAACUUCUAGAGAGAGACUACCUUUUCAUGUUCAAGAGAGAGAAAGUGUGGUCUCACUGAUUUCUGAUAUUUUUUUUUUACUAUAAUUUUGCACCAAUUUAUCUCUUUCUUUUUCUUUCUAUUCUAUCUUUCUCCCUCUUUAUUCGUUGUCAAAAUACCUAACUUCUGAUUUUCGGAUGAAUUUUGUUCUUUGCAUUGAUUUUCAAUUACCCAAUUCGAUUCCCACGAUUUGUUCAUCUGGGUAGUUGUUGUUUUUGUGAUUUGGUGACUCUAGAUCUGUUUUCGACGAUUUAUAGGGUUUUGUUUUGGGUCGAAUUUGGGGAAAUUUAGCCAAUGGAGGGUGGGAGUUGUUCUGAUGGAGAGAAGAAACCGCCUGAAAGCGGUGGCGGAGGCGGUGGAGGUAGUGGUGGUGGGGAGCCUAAAACUAAGAGGAAGAUGAAGACGGCUUCUCAGCUUGAAGUUCUUGAGAAAACCUAUCAAGUUGCGACUUACCCAGCAGAAGCAUUGAGAGCAGAACUUUCUGUGCAAUUAGGGCUAACUGAUCGCCAAUUACAGAUGUGGUUUUGUCAUAGGAGGUUAAAGGACAGGAAACCACAACAAGGAGGAGGAGGAGGAGGAGGAGGAGGGGGAGGUGGUUCAGGGAAGAGGUCAAAGAAGAGGGAGGCGUCACCCGCUGCUGCUGCUGCUACAGGUGGGCCUAAUGUGGCUGUUGCACCACUACUGCCGCCGGCUCCGGCUCCUGUGGGGCUUAGAGAUGAGAUGCUUGGUGCUGAGUUGGGGAAUGAACAUGGGUCAGGGUCUGGAUCAGGUUCUAGUCCUUAUGGCCAUAUGGACCCACGCCGGGGUUAUGUGGGCCGCCCUGGGGUUGCUGUGCCCAGAAUUAGUGGGCAUGGGAGGUACUAUGAGCCUUCUCAAUCAGUAGCCGAGCUUCGGGCUAUUGCAUUUGUGGAAGCACAGCUUGGUGAGCCACUUAGGGAUGAUGGCCCUGCUCUUGGGAUGGAGUUUGAUCCUCUGCCUCCUGGUGCUUUUGGUGCUCCCAUUACAACAACAACAGCACCGCAAAAGCCAACUGGACGAACGUACGAGUAUGAUCGUGCUGAUGCUAAACCUGUCAAGGGUUCUAAUAGAGCUCCACAUGAGUACCAGUUUCUUCCUGAGCAGCCAACUGUAAGAAGUGAGUCUUAUGAAAGAGUGGCUCAAUCUCACUACUAUGGCUCCCCUUCUGAUGGGCCAGGAACCAAGACUCCUCCGUUAUCUAGUGGACGCUCAUACAUUCAUGGUUAUGAAGAAGUGCCUGUGGUGUAUGGUGUUCCAAAUCAGGUGUCUAGUCUGAAUUUGAUGUCUCAAGGAAAGGUGGGUAGCCUUAUGCCAUCUACGUCAGGGGACUAUGAAACCAUUGCACGGAAGUCUCCAUAUAUGAAUAUGGGCAUGGAAUCACCUUUCAGUGCACACCCAACCUCAGGAUUGGACAAUGCACUAAUCUCAUCUGAGAGGCGUGCCACCCAAGAAGAGGAUGCUGGGAGAUUGGAAAGAAAGCGCAAGAAUGAAGAAGCAAGAGUAGCCAAGGAAAUUGAAGCUCAUGAGAAAAAAAUGCGGAAAGAAUUGGAGAGGCAAGAUAUUCUGAGAAAAAAGAGAGAAGAACAAUUGAGGAAGGAUAUGGAGAGGCAAGACCGCGAGCGAAAAAAGGAAGAGGAGAGGCUAUUGCGUGAAAAGCAGCGGGAAGAGGAACGGUACCAGCGAGAGCAAAAACGCGAAAUGGAACGAAGAGAAAAGUUUUUAUUGAAAGAGACUAUUAGAGUUGAAAAAAUGAAGCAAAAGGAAGAACUACGCAGAGAAAGAGAAGCAGCUAGACAGAAAGCUGCUAAUGAUAGAGCUGUUGCCAGAAGACUUGCCAAGGAAUCAACGGAGCUUAUCGAAGAUGAGAGAUUAGAGCUAAUGGAGAUAGCUGCUUCACGAAAGAGCUUGACAUCCAUCUUGUCACUUGAUAGUGAAACUUUGCAAAACCUUGAUUCAUUUAGAGAGAUGCUGCGGGUGUUCCCACCAAAGUCUGUGCAGUUAAAAAAGCCGUUUGCAACGAGACCGUGGAUGGGUUCUGAAGAGAAUGUGGGAAAUCUUUUGAUGGUCUGGAGAUUUCUUGUCACAUUUGCUGAUGUUCUUGGAUUGUGGCCAUUUACUCUAGAUGAGUUUGUGCAAGCUUUUCAUGAUUAUGAUCCCCGGCUACUGGGAGAAAUACAUGUAUCUCUUCUGAGAACUAUCAUUAAGGACAUUGAGGAUGUUGCUAGAACACCUUCCACUGGGUUGGGCGUAAACCAAAACAGUGUGGCUAAUCCAGUUGGUGGACAUCCUCAGAUAGUUGAAGGGGCAUAUGCAUGGGGUUUUGACAUACGCAGCUGGCAGUGCAACUUGAACCCAUUGACAUGGCCAGAAGUACUUCGGCAGUUGGCUCUCUCUGCAGGUUUUGGGCCAAAACUGAAAAAAAGAAAUACCGAGCAGGCAUAUUCUCGCGAGGAGUACGAGGGUAAUGAUGGUAUUGACAUAAUAUCUAAUUUACGUACCGGAGCAGCAGUUGAAAGUGCUGUUGCUAUUAUGCGGGAGAGGGGUUACUCUAAUCCACGCAGGUCCAGGCACAGACUGACCCCUGGCACAGUAAAAUUUGCAGCAUUUCAUGUUUUGUCUCUCGAGGGAGGCAAUGGGCUAAACAUAUUGGAAGUUGCUGAUAGAAUACAGAAAUCUGGACUUCGUGACCUGACCACAAGCAAAACACCUGAAGCAUCAAUUGCAGCAGCAUUAUCUAGGGAUACAAAACUUUUUGAAAGAACUGCGCCUUCAACAUACUGUGUUCGUUCCCCCUUCAGGAAGGAUCCUGCUGAUGGAGAAGCCAUUCUGUCUUCUGCCAGGGAAAAAAUUCGGGAAUUCAAAAUAGGUUUUGUAGAUGGAGUUGAGGCAGAUGUUGAUGGUAUGGAGGCUGAUGAUGUUGAGAAAGAUGAAGACUCUGAAAGCGAUAUAGCUGAAGAUCCUGAGAUUGAUGAUUUGGGUACUGAGCUGACUCCAAACAAUGAUGUGAAUCCUCUUUAUGAUGGGAAUAGUUCUGUACCAAAAGUUGAGUCAGACAAUGGAAGUAGGGAUUUGCAUUCCCAUGUUGUCGAUAAAACACCCAAUGGACUCGCUGACGCUGGUAAUGUUUUGUCUUCUGCUCAUUUGGAAAGCUUUAAGGAGCUGAAUGAUAAUGGAUGUUUUGCUGAGGAAUCUAUGGAUGUUGGUGGAAUUUGCCAAGAGACCAAUAGUACUGAUCAUGAAGACACUGAUAUUGAUGAAAGCUGUCCUGGUGAACCUUGGGUUCAAGGACUUAUGGAGGGAGAAUACUCAAAUCUUAGUGUUGAAGAGCGCCUCAAUUCUCUAGUGGCCCUUCUUGGUGUGGCUACUGAGGGUAACACAAUUCGAGUUGUCCUAGAGGAGCGUCUGGAAGCAGCCACUGCACUGAAAAAGCAAAUGUGGGCUGAAGCUCAACUGGACAAACGUCGGUUGAAAGAAGAAUAUCUUCUGAAGACUCCUUAUGCAGCAUUUGUCCCAAACAAGACAGAAUCAAACACUAUCUUAUCUGCACCUGAUAGUAGGCAGAGUCCAAUGCUUGCUUUGGAUGAAAAUACUAAUGACCCAAUGGUGAAUCUUGCAAUUCAGCAAAAGCCAUUUCAUGAGGCUCAUAACGAUUAUAAUUUACAUUCAGACCUUCUCUCUGAUAAGAAUUUGACAACACCAAAUGUUGCUGCGGGUUCAGAUAAUCUUGCUUUGCAGCAGUCUGCAUAUGCUGCUGAGAGAUGUCGAGCUCAAAUGAAGUCUUACAUUGGACACAAAGCUGAGGAGAUGUAUGUUUAUAGGUCGUUGCCGCUUGGUCAGGAUCGUCGACGAAACAGAUACUGGCAGUUUGUUGCAUCUGCUUCUUGCAAUGAUCCUGGUGCUGGAAGGAUAUUUGUGGAAUUGCAUAAUGGUAGUUGGAGGCUCAUUGACUCUGAAGUGGGUUUUGAUGCUCUUUUAGCUUCAUUGGAUUUACGUGGGGUCAGGGAAUGUCAUUUGCAUGCACUGUUGCGAAAGGUUGAGCCUCUGUUUAAGGAGUCUGUUAGAAAGCAGCAGGACAGACCGAAUUCCAUAAAAGCCGAAACUUCCGAAUUACAUUUUAACCCUGAAAGCAGUGGUGGUACAGAUAGCCCUAUUAGUACUGUUUGUGCUUCAAAUUCUGAGAUACCAGAACCCUCAUCAUCAUUUAAGAUAGAGAGUGGAAGAAACAAUCUUGAAGUAAAAAAUGCCUUUAAGAGGUACACAGAUUUUGAGGAGUGGAUUUGGAGAGAAUGUUUCUCUUCUUCAGUUUUAUGUGGCACUAAGUACGGUAAGAAGAGGUGUAUGGAGUUGGUGUGCAAAUGUGAUUCUUGUCACGAUCUUUAUUUUUUCGAAGACAGUCACUGCCCUACCUGCCAUAAAACGUACAGUGCAUAUGACAAGAGCUUUAAUUUUUCUGACCACAUAGCCCAAUGUCAGGAGAUUAAAGUCAAUCUUGAGUGGAACCUCCAGCAUCUAGAAUAUCCUCCAAGGAUAAGAUUGAUCAAGGCCUUCCUAGCUCUAGUGGAGGUUUGCAUCCCUCCUGAAGCCUUUCAACCUAUUUGGUCAGACACCUAUCGAAAAUCCUGGGGUAUGAAGCUACAUAUGUCAUCAUGCGCAGAAGACCUUCUACAGGCCCUGUCACUACUAGAAGGAGUGAUAAAAAGGGAUUUCUUGUUGUCAAAUUUCCAGACAACGGGUGAACUUUUGGCUUCUGGUAAUGGGAUAGGGUAUGGUGUCAAUGAUGCCUCCAAUUUUGGAGCUGUGACUACGCUUCCAUGGAUACCCCAAACAACAUCAGCAGUGGCGUUACGGCUCAUGGAACUUGAUUCAGCAAUUUCGUAUCUGCCAGAUCAGAAAGCAAAGGAUACAGAGCCUAGGCAUUUUCUGAAACUUCCUUCCAAGUACACUGUUGUGAGAAAUGUCCAAGAGGAUGAGUUUGCGGGUCCAACACGUCAACAGGAAGAUGCGUGGUUUGACCGAGGGAGUGAUGUUGGAUUUGCUGCUAUACGUGGUAGUCGGGGUCGUGGCCGUGGGCGAUCGCGUGGUGGAAGAUCCCAAAGGAGGGGUGGAGUUGGCGAGGUACUUGGGGGAUGGAAAGGCCGCAAUAGUCGUGGCAAAGGAGGGCGUAAGCGUGGUCGCCGUUCUGUCCGUAAAAGGCAAAAGGCAGUUAAGAAGACAACAGCGGCUGCAGCUGCUGUUGCUGAUAGGAGUCUACCCGAGCCAAUAAUCUUUGAUAAAUCUCCUCCUGGUUUCUCCGGGAGGGAUGUAUGGGAUCAUGAAGAGAGUAGACAGAUGAUGAUGCAAGUGGAUGAGGAGGAGGUUGAUGUCAAUGAUGAUAGCAACUCAGAGUAUGACGAUGAAUUUAAUGGACAAGCUUCUGGGGAUGAAUAUGAUGAUGACCCCAUGGCUGUUGAUGAUUAUGCAGCUGUAUAUAAUGGCAGGCCUCCUCAUUUAAGUGAUUAUAAUAAUAAUGUGGAUGAUGGCGAUGAAGAGGAUGAUGAUGAUCAAGAUGAAGAAGAAGUGGGAGAUUACGAACAAGGGGCAGAUGAAGAUGAUGAUGUGGAUGUUGAUGUUGAUGUUGAUGUUGAUGGCGCUGAAUAUGAACAAGCUGAGUUAGAAGAAGAUGUUGGAGGAUAUUUGAAUGCAGAUUCAGAUGAUGAGAUUGAGGUGAAUAGAGAUGAUGAUAGAAUGCGAAUGCGUGAUGAUCAUAGGGACCAAGAUAACACUUCUGAAUCUGAUGCUUCAAGUGAUUAUAGUAGUGAUUAGGUUAUAAGUAAUACUUUGAAAUUUUAUCUUAAGGGUUUAGAGGUCUACUUAGUAUAGUAUGUAAAUGUCGUGCCAGUUUAGUAACAAGUUAGUUCCAUCUUCACCAGAUGAGGCUAUAAAUUUAGUGGGACUUCAGUUUAUCCCAGUUGUAACAAUUAUGAAUAUAUUCUGCAGUUUAUCAGCUCACUACUCAAUCAAAAUUUUGGUCCGCUUUUGUUUCCUUGUA